AUGGCUCGUGGAACAAUCGUGAUUGGCGAAGCAGCUGCGUCGCUCUCCGCACCUGUUUCCUCCAGCCCUGAUUCCGUUUCGUCUUCAACGAGAAUCUUCAGAAGCCUAGCACCAGCACACAACGGCUACUAUGAUCAGGAGUUGCAGCGCCAGUGGAUUUUGCGACAGAGCGGGCCCCCGCGCCAGUGCCUUUUUCGAGCAGUCCCAAGAACAUCUUUUGCAGAGAAUUUUGAUAAUGACUUGUCCAACGCACCAUCGUCCAACUCGAACUCCAACGGCACCAGCACAGCUUUCGCAGAAGGUGGCGAAGCUGCAAAAACGGAAGAAGAUGAGCCCAAGGAAAUGCAGGAGGGAGAGCAGAUCGACGAGAACGUGCGCCGACAGGUGGUGAACAAUUACCCGGUCCUGCCUUUUGUCAUCCCCAUCCCGACCGGCGGCGCCAGCAGCAGCACAAUGUCUCGCUCGAAGAACACGGCCCGGGAAAUUAUCCCGUCCGCUCACGAUCUGGGGAGUCAGGCCAAGUGGAACGGGUUUUGGAAAACGGUACAGGACGUGGCGGCGCUGAAGCUGACGCAACCAGGGGCGGGUAGUACUAGCCACAGUACUAACACCGCCACACCUUUCCUCGCUCAGCCCGCGAAUUUGUCGGCCGCCCCGCGGCUGGAACUCGCCAAACGGCCCGAGUCGUUCACGCGAGGGAUGGUCGGGGCGGAUUUUGUCUACGAGUCGCCGAUAAACGCGCUCGGGCAGCCCGAUAUAACGGCGCCGGUUUCCGUGCCGGGAAGUGGAAUUGUGGUAGAUUCUGGAAACCCGUUUUUCUAGAGAAAUAACGGAACUGCAUUUUGAUUUUUUACUUGGACAGACGAUUAUUGGCGCCGGCUAUUGAAAUCCGAGUUAUAUCAUAAUAUCCUCAGACAAAGAUGCGGGAAGAUGAACGCUUGCGCAAU